UUUUUUUCUUUUUAUUCAACUUACCGUUUUUUUUACAUCUUAAUGAAUGCUGUUUCUGAUCAGAUCACCAUUUUCAUGUUUUAAAUGGCAGUCAAGCUUAAUAAAAUAAACUUGUAAUAUAAACUAAUCUGUCACUUGGAGUUUAAAUACAUAGUCUUUAUAAAAAGUUUCAGAAGACUUUCCUUUGGUUGCAUAAUGUUUCUUCCAACGAUUUCUUUAAGACUGUAAAAUAUUGCACUUGCACCCCAUAUAAAGAUAUGAACUAUUUUGCAGUUUAGAAUUCUUUUAAUGUCUACAUUUUACUAAAAUUGAGCAAUUUGGUGUACACUGUUAAAAAAGUAAUAAAUUCAAGGUGUAUAUAACAAGUUAUUGGAGUAAGAUUUACAAGAAAAUACCAUUUCAGUCUUUCUACUUGAAAAAUUUCACAAUUUUUUUUUUACAUUAUUAUAAUUUUUUUUUUUUUUUUUCAUUGACUAGAAAUAUUUGGGUGAAAAUUGUUUCUGUGUAAUUUCUUUGAGUAGAAAUAACUGAAAUAUUUUCAUACAAAUUGUUAGCAGAAAUAACUGCAAAGAAAAAGCCAGUAACAGUUGCAUACUCCAGUAAUCUUGUUUUUAUUUAUUUAUUAAUUCCUUAUAAUCUGAGACCAGUAUUAUCUGAAAACCUACAAUGCUGCUACUCCCUUGUCACGUAAGUGUGGGUACCAAGCAAAAUAAAAAAACGGAAAAGGGCCUCAGUCUUUCCCACAACAUUUGGCCAAUGCAAUACAAAGCUGCUUUAUUUAAUUUAGGCAGCUUCAUUUAUAACUUCAUUAUACAUAUCCAUGGCCAUCUUAAAAAACAAAAGGUGACUAAUAAAGUCGAUUCAUGUCCUCAGCGAGCCAAAUCCUCUGAAUUAGGUCACUCUUGCAGAGAAUUGGAGCCGGUUGUUAUUGUGUUGCGUCCUUGUGUUCCUAUAGAGGGCGCUGCGGGUCAAGAACGUUUAAAUGAGGGCGAGACCGAGCACUCGCUAAGUCUUGUGGGUAGAGUUCGGUUAUGGUCACGUGUUCCAAAGUGGCGCCUGUGAUUGGCUGCGAGCUUUCCCGUUUCAUAGUUUUCGCCCCAGUGCUAGCGCGUUCAUACAAUUAUUAACACUGUUACACAAAAAUACCACGUUUUUCCUCACUUCUAAGUACGACUAUUUAGCAAAACAGUUUAUGAGUGUAUAUUUAUUAUAUUCCCAUAUAUAUUUACACCGCACAACAAGACUUAUGGACAGUUUUAGCACUGAGCCCUUUGGUAUUUCUUCCGUCAAGUACUUAUUAGUACUCGCCCCCUGUCGGUCGUUAUGUUAAAAUGAAUACAGAGUGGGAGGGCUAUUUGACUGUCUGGCAGUGAAAGUAGAGUGGGCUGGCUGGCCGUUAAAGAAAGUGCCUGCGCCUCAGGACCCUCCUCUCUUCACUACGGCGCUUUUCGCCCGUUGUUCGCGAAACGUGAGGCCCUUUCGAAGAACUCCGGUCCGUCUUACCCUACCGUUUCCCGGCGAUACGUUUUAAAGAAAGCUCCUGUCUAAUAUUUCCCCGGGAACACAUUGGAUUUUUAUUUUUUUUUUAAUUGACCGACGCUAUAUUAACGGCUCCGGCCAUGGCAGCCAGCGCGAAGCGAAAGCAGGAGGAAAAACACCUGAAGAUGCUGCGGGAAAUGACGAGUUUGGCGCCCAACCGAAAGUGCUUCGACUGCGACCAGCGCGGGCCGACCUACGCCAACAUGACCGUGGGCUCGUUCGUCUGCACGUCCUGCUCAGGCAUCCUGCGCGGCCUGAAUCCCCCCCACAGAGUGAAGUCCAUCUCCAUGACGACUUUUACGCAACAGGAAAUAGAAUUUCUACAGAAGCAUGGAAAUGAGGUAUGUAAACAAAUAUGGCUCGGCCUUUAUGAUGACAGAAACCUGGCCAUCCCAGACUUCAGAGAACCUCAGAAAGUCAAAGAGUUUCUUCAGGAAAAAUACGAAAAGAAGCGAUGGUAUGUUCCUCCAGAGCAGGCUAAGACGGUGGCGACGGUUCACGCGUCUAUCUCUGGUUCGUCUGCUAGCAGCACCAGCAGCACUCCAGAGGUCCGACCUCUCAAAACAUUACUGGGGGAAUCGGUACCCUCUUUACACCUCAACAAAAACACACCCAGCCAGUCUCCGAUUGUGUCACGCAUCCAACUGACCCAGCAGCAGCAGCAGCAGUAUCAGGACAGGAAGUUCGAUCUGCUCAGCGAUCUAGGUGGUGACAUUUUUGCGGCUCCACACUCGCAGUCCACAGGCAACGCAAACUUUGCCAACUUCGCACAUUUCAACAGUCAUUCGGCGCAGAAUGCAAAUUCUAAUGACUUUGCGAAUUUUGAUGCGUUCAAUAGUUCUGCUGCUCAAACCUCAGCUGCAUUUCCUUCAUCUCCACAAGCCCCAUUUCAACCCCCACAGCCAGUAUACAACAGUCUCCCAUUUAGUCGCAGUGUGGGCGAGUUUACCUCAUCGCUGCCUCCACUGGCCAUGUACAGUAAUUCAUCAGGACAGGCUAAUGCCAACUUUGCCAACUUCGAUAACUUCCCCAAAUCGUGCAGUGCUGAUUUCGCCGCAUUUAGCUCCACCCAGAGUAACUCGGUGGGAGAGGGGCAUAAAGUGGAAGCAGUCAGCGUCACCGCAGACCGAUAUGCAGCCCUCGCCCACCUCGAUAACAUGUUCGGCAAACCUGAGCAAGGUACGAGUUCAGCCCCUCCGUCAGCUGGUGUGGGUCCUCCGCCUCCACAGGCGGCUCUGUUGGGUGGCGAUCGCUACGCUGCUCUAGCUGAAUUAGAUAACGUCUUUAGCUCCUCAGCGCCAAACGUGAGCGGAUACAACACUGCCACCACCGCACAAGGGUCUAUGUUUGGAUCCUCUACGGCUGCUGCUCCAGUUCAAGCACAACCCGGUUUACCCAGCAUGCCUCAGGGUUUUGGAGGGCCUUCGACGAACCCAUUCGUCGCUCCUGCUCCGCAGGCCGCUCCCACUAACCCGUUUCAGACCAAUGGAAGAGCAGCAGUACCAGGAGUGGGUGUGGUCUCAGCAGACAUGUUAGGACCCCUGCUGGGUCAGGCUUACCCUGCGGCCCACUUCGCCUCUUUCGGUCCCCCGUCCAUGAGCAUGCCGACUGGGUUUGGAAACGCUGCCGCAUACAACCUUCCCACCAGCUUCAGUGGAAACUUCCAGCAAGCGUUUCCUGGACAGCCUUUCACCCAGCAGCACGCGUAUCCCCAACAACCCAAUGGAGGUUUUGCUGCAUUUGGUCAGGGUAAAGUCACUCCGUUUGGACAGAACAUGACUGCGCCUGGAGUAACCAACAAUCCCUUUCUGGCAGGGGCACCAGCAGCACAGUUUCCUGCAGGAGGUUCAUCCACAAACCCCUUCUUAUAGCACGCCUUCGACCUCCGCUCCUGCGGUGGGCGGCCCGCGACUCGUUCGCACUUCUUGCACUGUUUUGUUUCUCAAGUAGCUUUAAAAAAAAAAAAACAUCAAUUUCUUAAAGACUUUUUUAUUGAAUUUUAAGAACAGAAGACUGAAAAAAAAAAAAAAAAAAACAGCAAAGGAAUAUAUACAUGAUCCUGUUUAUGGGACAUCCAUGAUGACAGAAAACAAAACAUGUAAAGCAGGGUUGUUUGGAGAAAAGGAGCUUUUUUUUUUCUCUCUUUUUUUUUUUUUUUUUUUAAUAAUAACCGUGCUCCUUUUGUCAUUCCUGUGAACUGGCCUGACCUGGAAAUCAUCUGCACAACGUGGUGGAUUACUUGCAAACCUCCCGUUCAUAUUAAUGCUGCAAUUCUGUAUAUAAUUAUUUCAUAGAAAUUUAUUAAUUUUAGGUCUUUGUGCAUAUCAGUAUUUGUAUCUUUAACACACACACACAUGCUGCAUAUACGGCGCUGACGUCCGCCAUGCUGUGAAUAACAUUAAGCAAGAAUGUGGAAUCCCUUUUUGACAUCAGAGUGUUGCCUUUUUGUGAUUUUUGGAGUUUCUGAGAAUGAGGCAAAAACAUUGUGUGGGUUUUUUUUGCUGUUACAAGGAGUUUGAACUACAAGACUCUUUUUGGAUGUAACUCCUCGUUGAACUCAUGAGACUCAGACUCAAGACCACUUAUGUUACAGAAAUCUUAAGUUAAUGUGUGUAUAUAUAUAUAUAUAUAUAUAUAUAAAUAAAUAUAUACAAUAUAUAUUAAAAUGAAUUUUACCUAAA